CACCGUUCAGUCGAACAUAUCCGUUUAGCGCGAACGCUCGGGAGUAUACCGUGUGCGCCAAAAAAGCACACCUCCCACCAGUAGUGGUUAGUCGUAGUUUGCAGGAACAAAAUAUAUAUAUAUAUAUAUUAUAUUUUAUACGUGUAUAUAUAUACAUAUAUAUUAUUAUUAUUAUUAUAUAUAUAUAUUAUAUACAGCAACAACAACAACAACAACAACAACCACCCAAAAUCACGUAAUAAUAUAUAUAUAUAUAUAUAUGUAUAUAUAUAUUUUUAUACAUCACCUUUAAUAAUCGCCGUGUUAUCAAUAGAGAAUUGACUUUUGUUGUAAAAAAUCGAGUGUACAUCAUCGUUACGUCGACGGUCGUGUCAAUCGCCGACGACACCACCGCUGCCGCUACCGCCGCCGUCACCGCUGCCGGGUUAACCACCACCACCACCACCACCACCACCACCACCGCAACGGACACCACGUGAACAACAAAUUCGUAUUCAAUUUCGUGUUACAUAUUAUUAUAAUAUAUAAUAAUAUAUAAUAUAAUUGUGUGUGCGCGUGUUUAUAUUAUCUGUCUGUCUCUGUCUCUCCGUUUCCGUUUCUCGGCGUCUGUGUGUGUCUCUCUCUAUAUAUUUUAAUAUUUAUCGUACGCGGGUGUUACUCUCCGCAGAGGUGUCUCUCUCGCGCCGGUCGAGUCGUUCAUAUUCGCAACGAAAAUAAAUUAUUUGUAUUUUUAGUUUUUUUCGAAAUCAAUCCGUUCGCUGUCCGCCGGUCGUAUUCGCGCCAUUCGCUUUCGCCGCCGCCGUCCGAUCGAAUAAAAUCGAAACGCACGUGAACUGUGCAGCAGAAGUGUGCGUAUACCUACUGCAAAUAUAAAGUAAUAUCAACCGGCUAGUUCGCGUAUAUAUAUAUAUAUAUUACACACGUCGGACACGACACACACUCGCCCACGACACACUUAUCGCGCUUCACCCCUUCGUUCGGUCGUCGCCAAAAGUUAACACACAAACACACACACACGCGAGCGCGCACGCGUGAGUUAUUAUCGUUAUCGCAUUAUAUCGUCUGAACGAUGGAAUCGCAGAGCGCACAGGACGCAGUGACCGUGGCCGCGGAGGUGCCCAACGACCCUGGGAAAAUGUUCAUUGGCGGUCUUAGUUGGCAGACUAGUCCAGAAUCAUUGAGAGAGUACUUCAGUAAGUUUGGAGAGAUAACUGAAGUGAUGGUUAUGAAAGAUCCAACGACUCGCCGAUCAAGCCGUGUUGCUGUAGCUGAUCAGACCGCUGGAAACGAAAACGAGCUGAAAUAUGUGUCAAGGGGAUUCGGAUUCGUCACUUUCGCAGAUCCGUCCAGCGUGGACAAAGUUCUGGCACAAGGAUCACACGAGUUGGACGGCAAAAAAAUCGAUCCGAAAGUGGCAUUUCCGCGACGAGCACAUCCGAAGAUGGUGACUCGAACGAAAAAAAUCUUUGUCGGUGGAUUGUCGGCGCCAACAACGUUAGAAGACGUCAAAAACUACUUUGAGCAAUUUGGACCGAUUGAAGACGCGAUGUUAAUGUUCGACAAACAAACAAAUCGACACAGAGGUUUCGGUUUCGUGACUUUCCAUUCGGAAGACGUAGUAGAUAAAGUCUGCGAAAUACAUUUCCACGAAAUCAACAGUAAAAUGGUGGAGUGUAAAAAGGCGCAACCGAAGGAAGUGAUGCUGCCGGCCAACCUGGCGAAAACGCGAGCAGCUGGCCGCGGGACUUACGAUUUUAUGUGGCCAUUGGGGACCUUGCCUGACGGUUUUCCGGCGGCUGCGUACGCGGCUUACGCCUCUAGCCGAGGUUUUUCGGGUUACCCUAGUUUCGGACUCUCGUAUCCAGCAGGGGUCGCCAUUAUCGGGACCAGACCUCGGUGCGGUAUUACUCCAGCCCAAUGCCAUAACGUGAUGAGCAAUUACCACCAUCAGGCAGCCGCGGUCGCCGCACAAGGUUUCGGGCCACCAGCGUCGCCGCACACCGGCGGCCCCGGCAACCCGCGGGCCGCCGCGUUCCCGCCGGCCACGUCGCCCGGCCCCGGCGCCCCGUCCACCAUGGACAUGUACAGCUCGAACCCGGCCGAUUACGUGCAAGCAGCGUCACCGCAACCGUCCGCGUUCCCCGCGAUCGCCGUCUCACGUGCGCCCAUUAAUUACAAUCCUGUAGGGGCCUUUGAUUCCGGCCGCUUUUACCAAUGGGUACCACUGAACAACGCAAGAGUCAAUAAAUUUCUUCCAUCGUAAGGUUGACCGAUAUUAGUCGCCCCUAUGCGUGUGAUUGACUCAAUAACUCACAACUAUCACCAGAGAUAUAUAUAUAAACGUCUCACUCACUCUCACUUACACCAAAGGUUUUCUUUCUCAAUAAUGCUAUUAAUAAUAAUCGUUUCUAUAUUAUAUAAUAAUUAUAAUGAUUUAAAAUAAAAAAAAAACAUGUUUUAUUAUAUUAAUAAUGUUUAUAUUAUGAUAACAAAUAAAAAAAAAUUAAUAUAUAAGAUAAUUACAUUAAAGAAAAAAAAAAUUAUUAUUAUUAUAUUCGUUUUUUUUUUUUUAGGGUUUUUAUUAUUAUAUAAAUGAAAUUACCCAAAAUAUGUAAAUUUAAUAAUAUUAACUUAAUACUUAUAUUAUAUAAUAAUAAUAACUAUACCUAAACUAAUUAUAAUCUCUGAACGAUAAAUCAAACCAGAAAAUCGGAAAAAAAAUUGUCGCGUGUUGCUCAUUAUAAGAAUAAGGGCGCAGCCGUAUAAUAAUUGUAGAAUAGAAAAAAACCAAAUCAGGACCAUCUAAUUAAGAUCUCAUAAUGAAUCACACACACAAUAUCUAGGCAGUAGUAAUAACGAAUAACACUGAUAUAAUAUCAACAACUGUCGUCGAAUUGAUGAGCGUCUCGGGAAACCUUCAUAAAAUAUAAUCACAACAAUAAUGUGUAUAAUACUAUACACUUAUGGUAUGAAUUGCGUUAGGUUUAUAAUAUAAUAUAAUCAUCGACCGGGGGGGGGGGGGGGGAUUCGACAACUUAGAUCAAAUGCCAUUCGACUUCUUAAAGCAGAUGCGAUUCGGCACUCGACGAUUCACCCAUCUACAGCGCAAAUAAUACAAAAGUAACCUCGUGUCGAUCCACUGAGACGCAACUCGCGACGACAUCGCCGUUUUGUCGUUAUUAUUACCUGAUCACAUUUUAAUUGCCAUGAAAAUUGGUUCACAACUACAUUUAUUAUAUAUUCUGUAUACAUCUUUGAUUUUCUCGUCCUAUGCUAUGAAAAAAAAAAAUUAAUUCUGUUUAAAAAUACGCGUUGCGAAGUAGAAAACAAAUUUUGAAACGGAAAAGUUCAUCGAUCUAGCACACUGCUGAACGAUAUAAAUUGUUUAUAAGUUUAAUUUUUAGAUUGAUCAUAUUUAUAGUAUAAUAAUUAUUACUAACGUAUUUAUUAUUUAUUUACUAUGAUAAUAUAAUAUAUUGGAAAAUAAUAAUUACUUAUCGAACCGACGGGUAAAUGUUUUAUUAUUAUAAUGGUUACAAUUAUAAUAAUAACACAAUGACGGUCGCUCGUCGUGAGUGUAAUUUUUUUGGUUUUUUUAACUAUAAUAAUAUAAUGGGCCACAAUAAUAUUUUUAACUCACCUCUCCCUCAAAUAAACUACCGCCACCGCCACCACCACUAAUACCUCCACCUUCACUACCACCGAUUCGAUGUGUGAAUUAUUUACGGUUUUAAUUUUUUUUUUUUUCGUUUUUGCUAUUUCAUAUUUAUUUAUUUACGGUGAUAAUCAAAUUUUUGUUUUAUUAAUAUAAUUAUUAUUAUUUUUUGUUUUUUUUUUUUUUAACGAACAAUUAUUAUGAUAAACCAAUAGACUAUAAUAUAUUAUAAUUAUUAUUAUCAUUAUUAUUAUUAUUAUUAUUAUAAUAUGUUUGUUACGUAUUUUUAAAAUUAUUCUUUGUCAUUGAUUUUUUUUUCGUUUUUUCGUUUUCUUUUUUUUUAAUUUGUUAUCAAAAUAUUGAAUUAAAUAUAAUUGUUGUUAAAAUAUUAUUGUUAUUACGGUUUUAAACGUAUCUUUAAAUUAAUAAUAAUAUAAUUCGUCAAUAGUUUAAUUUAACAUUAUAUAUACAUAUUAUAAUUUUUCUUCUCUUCUUUUGACUUAUCUUAAAUAUGAUUAAGUGUAAUUUGUUUGUUUUUUUUUUUUUGGAUAUCCCCGUUUUCCCAAAUCCCCUCGCUGCCCCGUUCGAAUAAAUAUAAAAUAUUGUAUUAUAAUAUUAUACAACACAAUGUAUUUAUAAUAUAUAUGAAUAAUUACAAUAAUAAUAGCUAUAUAUAAUAAUAUAAACGUUCUGUUUCUUUAAGCAUAACACCAAUAACCAAGUCCAUAUUAUAAUAUAAUGCAUAGUCAUUUGUACCGCUAUUUUAUGUAUAUAUAUAUAUAUAUAUAUAUGCGUGUGUAUAUAUAUAUAUAUAUAUAUAUAUUGUUUUGGUAUUGAUCGUGUUCAAAUGACUGUAUUUCAAUAAGUAUAUUUUAUCUAUAAUAUAUAAAAUACAACAUUUCGGCGUGGACAAAAAAAUGAUUACCUACAUCAUUUUUGUAACGCGCAGUUUUGUGAGAAAUCGAAUUUGCGUCGUUCGCAAUUGCCUUUGCAACUACCGUCCAGUGUGUACAGCGUGUGACGGGGUAGAAUAUGUAGACGAUGGUCAGGAGGGUAAAGAAACAUGAAAUGAAAAAAAAAAUUGAAAAAUUUUAUGGUUGGCGAACAUUUUGGUAGUCCAAGUAUGAUAAUAAUAUUAUAGCUACAUAUUAUUAUAAUAUAAGACAAUUACAUUCGUUUUCGACUUUAAGGCGCGGCGUGUCGUCUGUAAUCGGACUCAGGUUUUCGACGAAUUAGUGGUAAACCCAAAGGGCGGGGUGGCAUUAUUGCCCGCUAUAAUAAUAAAAAAAUUAAAAUUGAACUCGACCUUACAGCUAAAACGAUGUCACGAAAAUCACAUUUGAUAAGUUCGUCCCACGAAGGCCAACUACACGUGUACGUGCAAGAGAUACACGUCGAUCUAAUAUCGAUGUAGUCUUAAACUACAUCGACGUCAUCUAAAUCCCUACCAUCACCACCAACAACAUUCUCGAGCGCGUACUCACGGGAGCGCCGUGAUUUUUGAUGACAUUUGUCGCCCGUCAAAAACUAUUACUAAAUCACCAGUCGCCCGCCACCGAGCAUUUUAAUGAUCCUCCACCACCUGCCAUCAAAUCAUCUGACGAUCGUGUAUCAAUAAGAAUAAUAGCAAUAAAAUCAAUAGUCACUAUCAGUUAUUAUAUCGUGAGUAGAUCGCAGGCCACCAUAUAGCAUGCCAAAAUCUAAAACGCCACAUCAGGCGUUUUCGGUAUCCAUUACUCGCGAUCGGUCGGAGACGUCAUGAGACGACAUUUUUGUGCCUCCACGUGUAUUAAUUAAGUCAGUGGUCGAAAUGAGGUACGUGGAUAUUGUGUUACCCUUCGACUUAAUUUCGUUCACAUAUUUCAUCCCCCGACAAAAUUGUCGGUAAAAAAUCAAUGCGCCAUUUCAAUCAACAAAAUGUGUCUUAUAUUAUGCGAUUAGGUUUAAACAUUGUGACUAAAUAUUUAUUUUAUGCUUAGUGAAAAUAAUUGAAAAUCGAGACCUUUAAGUUACGUUGUUGGAGUUUGAUUACAUUAUUCGAAACACACGUAGGUGGCUUAUUCUAAUCCACUUCGAUAACUCAUAAAACAGUGUUCAAUACGCUUCCGUUUAUAAACGCAUUGCAGACAGACCAUUCUUUAAUUCGUCAUUAACAACAUGCCUUAUAUAAUAUUAUCAUUAUAUUCGCAACGGUGGUAUCAAAAUCCUAGUUAUAUUCCGCGAAGUAAUUCGCACGUUCGUCGAUUCACCACCUAUCCAACCCCCGGAAACGACGAUGGCGUUGUAAUUUUUUUAUUCAUUUUUGUUUUCAUCUUCUUCAUUUUGAACCACUAUUAUUGCUGCAACAAUCGCGGGAAAUCGUAAUUUUGUUCAACAUGAUAAUCAAGUAUAACAGACAAUACACGUCUAAUUCCCCAUCGGUAAAUAAAAUGUUAUACAUCGCGUUGAAUCCGAGGACUAUAAAUUAUAGAAACUAUACUACCUAUAUUAGUCUAAAAUCGAUAUGACGAUUUGAAAAUAAAAAAUAUUAAAUUUAUGAAUACGAUUUAAAAUUGUAUUUCAUCAACUGCUAUUAUACAUCUAAUAUAAUAAUUCGUAAUGAUUCAUACAAUUUCGGUGAUUAAAUGUCACUAUUACUAUCAAGGAUUUAUUAUUUUUUAUAAGAAAAUAAUAUUUUAAAUCGUUUCAUUGCUUCCAAUUUCUUAUAACCAUAAUUAUUUUUACAAUCGUCAUUACAUAAUUUAGAUUGAAAAACAAACAUAAGCCCCGUGGUUUAAGAUAAUGCACUUGCAUUAUACAAAAUGUGAUGUGGUCGUUCGAGUUAGCCCUGAAUUCCGAGGAUUACUAUUGAAGAGUUGAGGUCUAAUUCGUGGUAGGUAGGUACGCUCUUUAGAUAGUUUCCCAUUUAUACAGAUACACGUUGCUAUAUAUAAUAUCGAUAUACUUACCGACGCCACUUCAUUAAAUCCCAUCUUCAAAACAUUCCUACAUUCGAUCCGAACAUCACCAUUUAUCCUACGAUAAACGAAAUCGGAAAACGUUAAUAUUAUUUUAUCAUAAUAUACGAAAUAUGAUGGAUGGUCAGCAAAAACGAAAUGCGUACCCCGCUAAAGUAAAAUAAAAAAAAGCCAUGUACUUUGUAAAUAUAGUAAGUGUAUUACGAUCAAAAAAAUUAUAAUUAUAAAAACAUUAUUAAUAAAAAAAAUAUGUACUUAUAUUAUUAACGAUAAAUUAUAUUUGAAUAAUAUUGUGUACAUAUUUGCGUAUCCAAUUAAUUUAUAUUAAAUCUACAAUCGUAGAUAAAUUUUAAAAUAUUUACCUAUAUAUAAAUAUAUUAUGUAUUUAUGUAUAAAUUAUUAUUAUUUAUUACCUAUUACAUUUGUCGCUAUGACUAAAGAAAAUAAAACAUAAUAUAAUAUAGCCAUUUAUAAUAAUAAGUUUAAAUAAUAAUUUUUAAAUAUAUAAAAUUAGGUAUAUUAUUAUUAGGUAAUAACCUAUUCUAGGCACACACACACGCGCGCAUUUGUAGAAUUGUGGUUCAUUAUAAAAAUAAAUCGCUCUUGUAUUGCUCUAUUAUAAAUAUUAUAAUAUACGAUUGCUUUUGAAAUAUUAAUUUAUACACUGUUAAGUGAUUUCGUUUAUUAUUAUAAUGGUUUUUUCUUUUUUAUUUAUAACAUGUGAUAUUCAUUAUUAACAUUUCGUAAGACUAAUAAAAUAUGUAUAAAAAUAAAAAAUCGCUGUACCUAUGUAUUUAACCCGUAAGUGAUUUGGAAAUGUAUUCACCUUUUUUGUUUUUGAUUAAUGGGCCCCCGGGGAGGAAAAUACAACAACAAUUAGGUAAUACAAUAUUACAACAACGUUUGUUUGUUACUGUAAUAAUAAUAUUAUAAUAGGUAAAUAUUACUAAACACAUAAUAAUUAUAAUUUAUAGCAAUUUUAUUAGUAUACGUCAUACGCCGUUACGUUCUAGACAUUAAAUCGUAGAAUUUCAUGAAAUUAACUCCAUACAAUAGUAUGUAGUCACGUUAUUAUUCUCAUUUUGAUUUUGAAAAUAUUAAGCUAUAAUAAUAUAUACACGAUACGUUUGUCAACAUAAUAUGAUAUUAUAAUAUUUACUUUACAAAAGGAUAAAAGAAGCUCAAUUUUUUUUUAACACUAACGAUAUUUUAAAUUUUUGUCUUGAAACUUUAAACUAUAUACGUUUGCAUCGUAAAUUCUAUCCCACUCCCUCUAUCCAAUCUCUACCCUCCCUCUCUCUCUCUCUCUCUCUAUAUAUAUAUAUAUAUUGUAUACAUAAACUUAGAAGUGAAUAAGUAAGUCGCACACCUAUGCUAUACGGUAUAAUAUACAUGUUAUAUCCGAUUUCGACCCAAUGACGGUAUAUAUAAUAAUAAUAAUAUAUAAUAACUAUGUGAAACUUGAUAAUAAUAUUGACGAGAUUUGUAUAUAAUCUCUGUCUAGUAACAGUGGCAAUUCAAUACCAUAUCAAUGCUAAACAUCUGAAACUAAUGUUUAGCAAUUUAUUAUGGCAAUAAUUAGCGUAUAGUAGUGUACACGAUUUUUUUUUUAUAUAAUAUAUAACAUAUAUAUAUACAUAUAUAUAUAUAUUUAUAUAUGUAUAAUUAUAUACAUUUUAUAUAUACAUAAUAUUAUAUACUUAUGGUACCAAAAAAUAAAUGAAUAAAAUAUAUAAUAUUAUACUAUGUUAUGUUGCAAUAAAACGCUGUGAUUCUGGUGUGAAAUCCGGUACUGAUGUGUGGGCGCGCAAGUGCGAUUUUCAAGUUAUUAUAAAUACAUUAUGAACGCUGGUAAAUGAACAACAAUAUAAAAUUAAUAUAAUUAAUACGUUUAUGAUUAUUGUAAGAAAUGUACCUAUUUUUUUUUUUUUUUUUAUCCAUAAAGUUUAAAACUUAUUAUUAUACAUCGGACCGAUUUAUAGUAUACUAUAUAAUAAUAAAUAUUACUAUACAUCUGUAACUAAAUUAUUGAUUAUUAUUAUUAUUAUUAUGAUUAUAACAAUAUUACCGUAAUUUUAAUAUAUAUUAUUAUAAUUAUAUAUAUAUUUUUUUUUGUCUUUCAUACUAUGUGUGUAACCGCAGUGUAGCGAUAUUAUUAUUGUCCAACGAUUUGUGUCGAUUGUCGAGGUCGGGUCGAGAGCAUAUAAAAAUGAAAAACAAAAAUUGUCAUUUUGCGUUUUUUUUUUUUUUAUAUUUCAAUGAAGACCUUGCUAAUCAAACAAUACCUAUGUAUAUUAUACACACCACGUAAGCGUGUGCGGGACAUUGCAAUUUAUGAGUAAAUAUUUAUCAAUUAAUCAAUUCUAAUUUAUAACCGUACUAGUUAAUGACCUAUAUAUUACAAUUCUUAAACUAUACUUUCGUUAUAAGAAACUAUAUUAUGUUAUUAUAUUAUUAUGGUUAUUAUUAUUAUUAUAAUAAUAUAUUAGAUUUUAAA